AGUGAGGAACGCUUCUCUAUUUUGCCUCAACAGCAUUGACGGCGACGAGGUGUCGAGGCGACCGACGACGCCACGCCCAGGACUUCGAUGGCCAUCCCCGCGUCCCUGUUGCUUUUGCUGGCUCUGCUCGGCUCCACCGCGCUGGCCGAUGCCGGCGUCGUCCCUCAGCAAGUCCGGGGGCAGCCCGGGCCCCACAGGCGGCUAGUUAAAUGCCCUCCUGGGAAGCAGUGCAGACCUGGCCACGCUCGAUACCCGCAGACUGAUGGCAAUCUUAGCCCACGCGGAUUUGAGGUGAUCGGACCUAUUGGAUUAGUUGAUCUGGAACCGAUUGAAAUCAUCGAGCCUGUCGAAGUCAUCGAGCCAAUCGAAAUCGUCGAGCCGGUUGAAGUCAUCGAUCCCGUUCACUAUGUGCAGCCAGUGGAAGUGAUUAGUCCCGUCGGUGUGGAUGUUGUUCAUCCUGUGGAUGCGGGGGUGAGGUCUCCUCAAGUGGUGGUAGUGUACGAUGACUACGACUAUUACUACUAAGCGCCUCCAUGACUAAAUGCCUCCUGCGAAGUGCAACUGACCUACUCAAGCAGAAAAGAAGAUAAAAGACCGACACACGGACAUGAGAAACUACCUGCCACACGCAUUUCCACUCAUUAAGAGCUUACUCAGCACACUCGGAAAGGAAGGGCGAGUCUCAAAAUUAAGACGUUGUGUAUGUGUGUCUCUUUCAGGUUUAUAUAACCAAUGAUUAGAACUUCAAGAUCAACUCAACUUUGACGCAUAGUUUGGAGUUUCAGUUCCGCACGCAAUAAUACUUGCAAGCUGUGUACGAUAUCGCCAGCUAUAGGCAUGCAGUCCGACCGCGGCCGCUUCCGCCGCACUACUAAAAUAAAUAAAACGAGUUGAAAAACACAAA